AUGACUUCCUACUCCUCUCUUCCAGAGGGUUCUACCGACCCCCGCGACGCCAACUUGGUCAUUCGCGAACUGCUUCCCGGCAUGAUUACGUUUAGCCAACCCUUUGUAAGCGUCACUCUCGCACACCACUGCGGCGUCCCGUCCAUCUCUAACAUCGCACAGAGCCGCUUUGGCGUAGUCCCCAUUGGCGGUCGCUCCACUGCCAUUCGAGUCAACGACGGCAUUUUCGUCUACGUCUCCCACCCUUACACCACUGCCACCGCCGAGGCUCUCAAGCAGCUCGGUGGCGAAGUCAAGUGGCUCGUGACGCCUGACGGCGAGCAUGGCAUGAACAUCGGGGCUUGGGCCGAACAGUUCCCAGAGGCCAAGGCUAUUGGCGUCUCUCGCUUUGAGAAGGCUAAGCCGAACGUCAAAUGGGCCGGUCUCUUCGGUGCCGGUGGCGAGGACAAGACGUACGGCUUUGAGCCAGAGAUUUCUCUCCACCAGGUCUCGGCACACGUCAACGACGAGCUCACCGCUAUCCACCACCCGAGCGGCACGCUUCUCGAGGCUGACCUUCUCUUUAACCUCCCCCCGAAGGAACAGUACUCGCGUGCCGGUGGACUGACCUUCUUCUCCCGUCUCCUCGGUGGAUCAUUCAGCCCUGACGGAUCGUUGCACAAGAGCGCCAUUGGAUCGCUGGUGGCGAAGCCCGAUCUCGCCAAGAAGGAGCUUGCACCCAUCUUUGCGGCUAAAUGGGAUCGCCUUGUGCCCUGCCACGGCGACGUGAUUGAGACUGGAGGCAAGGAAGCUUGGACCAAGCUUUACGGCCAGUUCCACACGCCUGCGACCCCUCCCGCCGAUGACCCUGCUAAGCUGUAA